AUGAAUAACAACGGAACUACCAUGUCUGAUUACGAAAGGAUCCGCCUAGUCAUUUUGGGCGGUCCUGGAGUAGGUAAAAGUUCCAUUAUUAAGAGGUUCUUAACAAAUACUUAUACCAGCAAAUAUCGUAGCACAAUUGAAGAUCUUUAUAAUAAAGAAUAUGAUUUAGGACACAUGACGCUUAAAGUGGAUAUUCUAGAUACGGCCGGUGAUAUGCAAUUUCCCGCCAUGAGACGAUUAUGUAUAGCCACAGCCCACGCCUUCCUCUUAGUAUAUGCGGUUACAUCUGCCCCUUCUUUGGACUGCGUAAAGCAGUGUUUCGAGGAAAUUAGAGAGCAGCGAGGGGAUUAUCAGGAAAUACCCAUAGUGAUAGCGGGUAAUAAAUUAGAUUUGACAUCGACGCACAGAGAAAUACCGAUCGAGGAUGUUUCAGAAUGGGUUUACUGCGAGUUACCAAAAUUAAGGUGA